AUGAAUGGAUUUCAACCCGAUCACAACAAACUACAAACUAUCCAACAAAUUGUUGAAGCUUCUUUAAAUUGUCAAAGACAAAAUGAGGUAUUACAAUUGUUAGAUGUUGUUUAUCAUUAUGAAGACUAUGCAAUCUACUUACAAUAUUUAUUGUUAAAUACAACAAACGAAGUAUAUUUAACAAUUAUAUUAUCAUUACUCAGACAAGCAAUUAAAGAUGGACGUACCGUAGAUUAUAUUGAAACAAUUCAAAUAAUUUUUAAAUUAAUAAGAGAUGAGAAACAAUAUAUAAUGAAAGGGGGAUGUUCUAUUUUAACAUUAUGUUUUUGUAAAAGUCCAUUAACUAGUCAAAUGAUUAUUCAAUUCAUUGGUUCUUCAUUACAAUCAACACAAGCAUUCUUAGUACAAUUUGGAAUAGAACUUCUUGACACUAUUAUUACAGACCAUUUUGAGAGUUUAGAUAAAUCAUUUUAUCCAACAAUUGAAAAACUUAUGGAAAUGGUUCUUCAUUAUUUUCCUUCAAUUCCAAUUAAUUUAAAAUCAAAAGUAUUAAACACAUUUACAGAGCUCAUUCUUUUUGAAGCACCAUUUUUAUCUAAUGCAUUAGAAUUAUUAAUGAGAACAUUUUGUACAGAGAUUUAUGAUGACAAGGAAUAUAGAAUUAAUCUAUGUUCAUUUUUAGUUUCUAUUCCUCAAAUUUAUAUUGAAGAAAUACCACAUUAUAUGAAACAAAUACAAACAGUUGUUCAAAUAUUAUUAAAUGAUAAAUAUGAAGCUGUUUUUAUUGAAUGUACUGAAGUUAUUAUUUCAUUAUCAUCAGAAUUUGCAGAAGAAACACUUCCUUUCUUAAUUCAAUUUAUUCCACUAUUCUUUGAACGAUGUUUAUUAACAGAAGAACUUAUUUAUAAAAUCAAUGAAGAAGAUCAAACAAGACAAAAAGAACAAGUUAUGAUUCGUGAUGAUGAACAAUAUGAUUAUGAUACAUCUGUUCGUAGUUCAGUAUUUAAUUUAUUUGAAUUAAUUAAUAAUUCAUUUGAUUCAAAUACUGUUGGAACAUAUAUUAAUGCAUGGUGUCAUUGUUAUGAACAAAGACAACAAGUUCAAAAUGAUUGGAGAAAUAUAGAAGUACUAAUUAGAAUUCUCAAUGUUUCAGUACCAUGUUAUCAUGAAAAUGAUUUAUUUGAUAGAUUUGGGAGAUUUUGUAUAAUUCCAAUACAAAAUAUUAUGAAUGAAAAUACAUAUAUUAAAAGAAUUGCUAUUGAAUUUAUUGGGAAUGUACCAACAUUAGUUAUUGGAACAUCACCAGAAAUUAAGAAUUCAUUAUAUAAUUAUUUAUUAAAACUUAUUGGAGAUAAUAAUUAUACAAUUUCAUGUAUUUCUAUUCAAACAUUAAAUAAUUUGAUUAAUGGUGGAUUAUUUAAAGAUAAAUUAAAUCAACUUUUUAUUUUAAUUGUUCCUACAAUUAAAAAUUUAAAAGGUCAACCAUUAUUAAAUGUUUGUGAUUUACUUAGUUCAGUCAUAGAAACACUAGGUACUAAUUUAACUAAUGAAAUGGAAAAUAGUAUUCAAAAUGAAUUAAUACAAUGUAUUUAUCUAAAUAAUAGAAAUGAAGAUGUUAUAGAUAUUUGUUUGACUACAUUAUUUAGUAAUAUUACGUUAUUUCAUUCUAUUUCAAAUGAUAUGAUAAAUACAUUAAUUACUAUCUCAUUUCAAUGUAUAACAACGUUCAUAGAAUCUGCUGAUAUUGUUAGUUCAUGUUUAAGAGUAUUUGAAUGUUUAUAUAAGAAAAGUACAUCAUAUAUGAUUUCUUUUAUUAAUUCUCAUCAAAAUGAAAUGUUUAAAAUAUUUGAAGUUACUCUUCCACAAUUACAUAAAACUAUUAUUCAAGAUUCAUAUGGAUUAUUAGGAGAUAUUAUGAGUGGAUGUUCUUCUUUUAUAAUUCAACAUUUAAAUUUCUUUAUGGAAAAUAUUAAUACAAUGAUUUCAACAUUUCAUGAUGACUCUGUUACAUCAGUUAUUUGGGCUAUGAUUCAAGCAUUAACAUAUCUUCCUCAAAACAUAACUCUUUAUAUUCCUUCAUUUGCAAAAAAAUCAUUCCAUCUUUUUACAGAUUCAUCAGAGGUAGUUAUUAAAAAUAUGUAUGCUUUUGUAUCUAAAACAAUCCCAAUUGACCAAACAUUAUAUAUCCCUUAUUUACAAUUAUUGACAGGUCAAACAUUUAAAACAAUUUUAUUAAUAAAACAACCAUUAUACAUUAUUGAAACAUUAACAAAUUUUGGUCAUUUAAUUAUUGAGAAUAAUGUUGUAUGUAAAUGUAAUAAUCAAAUUAUUAAAGACGUUUAUUUUAAGGCAUCUCAAAUGAUACCAUCAUUGGUAGAAAUAGCUCAUAAAGUUAUUGCUACUUUAGAAAUAUAUUAA